AUGCACGUCCUCCACCAAACUGCAGCCUCAUCCCUGUCACUGCCCUCGGGUUCGUACAUCUAUGCCAUUGCCGCCGCGCCAUCCCACUUUGCUGCCAUAUCAUCCGACGAUUCUCUGCGCCUAUUCGAUGGCCAGUCACUGCAGCCGCUCGCCAUCACAUCUGCAAAGGCCCAUGAUGGCGUGACGGCCUUGAAAGAGUUCCAUGGUAGCACAACAGAUACCUAUCUACUGGCCACUGCCGGUCGAGAUGGAGCUGUCAGACUGUGGGAUGUGCGCUCUGGCCAGCACAGUAAACCUGCCGUGGAGAUGAGGGUUGAGAAACAUGCGCCCAUUUUGUCCCUGUCUUGUGACCCCGACUCACACUCCGUCGUGGCUGGCACCGAGCUCGUAUCCUCGCAGGCUACUGUCGCUUUAUGGGACAUUCGAGCACCAGCACAGAAGCGCUUACAAUAUGUGGAGAGCCACAAUGACGACGUGACAGAGCUUCAAUUCCACCCUACUCGUAAGAAUGUCCUGCUCUCCGGAAGUACGGACGGGCUAGUAAAUCUCUACGAUAUCAACGUAGCAGACGAAGACGAUGCGCUCCUACAGGUGGUCAAUCACGGGUCAAUCCAUCAUGCCGGAUUCCUUUCCGAGACAGCCAUCUAUGCUCUUAGCCACGACGAAACAUUCUCUAUCCACCCUAUCACAAAUCCAGACUCUGAAGAACAGAACGAAUACAGUCCAAUCAAAUACGGAGACUUAAGGCCAUUACUGGGAUGCGAAUAUGUCGUUCAGACCUUGACCAGCGAUAACGGCCAGGGUUCGUAUCUUGCCGCUGGGAACACGACCAAUGUGUGGCGGUUGCCAGGAGCCCACGGGGAAGAGAUUGUACGAGCGGUGCAUAUUGAUGACCAGUCAAGGACGGUAUUUACCGGUGGCGAAGACGGAUUUAUUCGAGCAUGGAGGCAGCCAGAGAGCGAGGAGAUGCAAGACCCUUCAUUCGAGAAAACAAAUACUCGAACGAAAGAGAGAAAGAAGUACAAGGACGAAAAACGAUUCAAACCAUACUAA